GAGGCGAGUUUUCUAUCAACCGAAAUGGCGUCGCUAAAGACGCUAUUACCUGCUCCCACGCAGUCUGUUUUUGACAGAGAAGAUGAAGACAGAGCUAGAAAAUAUGCACCUUCAUCGCUGCAGCUGGCAUCAACGUCAAGAACAGUACCGGCGUACGGAAAGCGUAAAGGCUGGGUGCCCCGAGGUGUUGAUGACUUUGGUGAUGGAGGCGCCUUCCCAGAGAUUCCCGUUGCACAGUACCCUCUGGAUAUGGGCAAGAAAAAAGAGAAAACAAAUUCCAACGCGCUUCCAGUUCAGCUAGACGCUCAGGGAAAAAUCAAGUAUGACGUUAUAGUCCGACAGGGUCAGUCCAAAGAUAAGGUGGUCUACCAUCGGUUCCAAGACCUGCUGCCAAAAGAGAUCACAAAUGACGAUGAUCCGUCGUUGCAAAAGCCUGACGAAGAAGAGGUGGAGAAAACCACGGAAGAAACCCGUUUUGCACUGGAAAAGCUAACGCAUUCUAAAAUAUCGGCAGCUAUGCCUGUUAGAGCUGCUGAAAAGUUAGCGCCAGCACAGUACAUCCGGUACACGCCGUCGCAACAAGGCAUGGCCUUCAACUCUGGGGCAAAGCAGAGAAUCAUUCGAAUGGUCGAAGUACAGAAAGACCCGAUGGAACCACCACGCUUUAAGAUCAACAAAAAGAUCCCCCGAGGGCCUCCCUCACCACCAGCUCCAGUUAUGCACUCUCCAACACGAAAGGUGACCGUAAAAGAACAGCAAGAGUGGCGUAUUCCUCCGUGCAUCUCAAACUGGAAGAACGCGAAAGGUUACACGAUCCCGCUGGACAAGCGCCUGGCUGCCGACGGUCGUGGCCUGCAGCAGGUUCACAUCAACGAGAACUUUGCAAAGCUGGCGGAAGCACUGUACAUAGCCGAUCGUAAGGCCCGUGAAGCUGUGGAAAUGCGAGCCCAGCUUGAAAAGAAGCUGGCGCAGAAGGAGAAAGAGAAGAAGGAAGAGCACCUGCGCCAGCUCGCCCAACGAGCCAGAGAAGAGCGGGCGGGCAUCAGGACUCAGGCACCGGCAAAUGACGAAGAGGCGCACGAGAGGGACCAGAUCCGCUACGAAAGACACAAGGACCGACAGAGAGAACGCAACAUUGCAAGGGCCGCGCCGGAAAAGCGAAGCAAGCUCGAAAAGCAGCGUGAACGUGACAUCAGCGAACAGAUUGCCUUGGGAAUGCCAGGUGCACGCACAAGCGAAGUCCAGUUCGACCAGCGUCUCUUCAAUCAGAGUAAAGGGAUUGGAAGUGGCUUCGGACACGACGAUGUGUACGACGUCUACGACAAGCCGUGGCGAUCCACUCAGCAGUCCGUGUACCGCCCCCGUAACCAGGACAAGGACGUCUACGGGGAAGACCUCGACAAGUUGGUCAAGACGUCUCGCUUUGUUCCUGAUAAAGAGUUUUCCGGAACGGACCGUUCAUCAAAGAGGGACGGCCCUGUGCAGUUUGAGAGGGUGGAAGAAGAAGAUCCAUUCGGCUUGGACAAGUUCUUGACGGAGGCCAAAAAAGCCAGCAAACGGCCGUCGGAUGAUCAGGACCAUCAUCGGGGCAAGAGCAAGCACCGGAAGGAAUAAACCCAUUGUGCUUGCAAGGGAGACUCUACAUUCAAUGCUGAUGCUUGCACGAAGGUCAAUGGCUGCCACGAAGGGACAUGCGUAAAUGCUUCUCGAGAGACACACAGAGAAAACACGGAGGGAGUUGACAUUGUUAACAAAGAAGAAAUCACAGUGUGAAACACAAUGAGUGAACCUUGUGAUGAGACACUAGAAUGUACAUUGUUGCAUACAUUGGUUGUCAGUUUUUAACUUUACAAGCGCAUGGCCGUAGUUAUUCAGGAGGAGCAUGUUGUGCAUAAAAAGGAAGUGCCUUUUCGGGUAAUUCUGGAAAUCUUAUAAGAGUGAUAGGUGUAAAGUUGCUAUUUCCUGCAAGUGGUACUCCCUACCCUGUACACCUAGGAGGUGUCUCAGCAACAUAAUUACUGCUCAGAAAGCAUUCAUUUGUGUAAAGCUAGCCCCGAUUCAUGGUCCUCAUAAAUGUAUUGUCCUUGUAUGUCCAAUAAAUGUCUGUUCUUGUGGA